AUAGUUGGGACCCAGCCAGCUGGUGGCGGUGGCUGAAGGAAUCUCGCUGACAUAUCGGACAACGAAAUACAGAAAGACACGUGCGAGCACAGUUGAAGAGACCAGAAGUGUACGACUUGUUAAUAAGCGUGUUUUGGGGGCUAGACAAAAAUUGGAAAGUAUCAUGAUGGCAAUCCUGGGCAACGCCGGUCGCUUGAUUCAAUUUGUCAGGAGCAGUGUCAGUCUAAGCGUGAGGGGACGUGCUACUGCUGCAGCUUUGGCCGAUACUGCGACCCCAGAAACACAGGACAAUAGGAAACCCAAGACGGGCAUCCUGAUGCUGAACAUGGGAGGACCUGAAAAACUAGAAGAUGUACACGACUUCCUGCUGAGGCUCUUCAUGGACACAGACCUGAUGAAACUUCCAGUACAGAAUAAGCUCGGCCCAUUCAUUGCCAAGCGCCGCACGGCAAAGAUCCAGGAGCAGUACAGUAAGAUUGGAGGAGGCUCGCCCAUCAAACGUUGGACGGCCAUGCAGGGAGAGGGCAUGGUGAAGCUGUUGGAUGAGAUGAGCCCCGAGACAGCCCCUCAUAAGUUCUACAUCGGUUUCCGGUAUGUCCACCCACUGACUGAGGAGGCCAUCGAGGAGAUGGAGAAAGACGAAGUGGACCGAGCUGUGGCCUUCACACAAUAUCCUCAGUACAGCUGCUCCACCACAGGUAGCAGUUUAAACGCCAUCUACCGUUACUAUAGAAACAGAGGCGACAGGCCGAAAAUGUGCUGGAGUGUCAUUGACCGUUGGCCCACACACCCUCUGCUGGUGGAGUGUUUUGCAGAACACGUCGGUAAUGAGCUGCUGAAGUUUCCAGAAGAGAAGAGAGAUGAUGUAGUGAUUCUAUUCUCAGCCCAUUCACUUCCUAUGGCUGUUGUUAACAGAGGUGACCCAUAUCCCCAGGAAGUGGGCGCCACAGUUCAGAGAGUUAUGGAGCGACUCGGACACUGUAACCCUUACAGACUGGUGUGGCAGUCCAGGGUGGGGCCCAUGGCAUGGCUCGGCCCCCAGACGGAUGAGGUCAUUAAAGGUCUUUGUGAAAGGGGGAAAAAGAACAUCCUGCUAGUGCCAAUCGCCUUCACCUCCGAUCACAUCGAGACUCUACAUGAGCUGGACAUCGAGUAUGGUCAAGUGCUGGGUGAAGAGUGUGGUGUGGAGAACCUCAGGAGAGCAGAGUCAUUGAAUGGGAAUCCUCUGUUUAUGAAGGCUCUGGCAGAACUGGUCCAAUCCCACCUGAAGUCCAAUGAGCCAUGUUCUCGCCAGCUGACCUUGCGCUGCCCGCUGUGCACCAAUCCCACCUGUGGGGAGACCAAGGCCUUUUUUGCCAACCAGAAACUGUCAUAGAACAUGUGCACACACAAGCAGGCCCGUGCUACCUCUGGAGACAUUACGAAGAUAUGUACUGCCCAAUGUGGAAAUUCAGUUCAUACCGACUUACACCUUUUUAAAAAAAGGAGAACUAAAGCCAAAAUUCAUUUUGUAAGAAUACGUCGUAUCCACCUCCACUGGUCUAAACGCAGUAUUCUUAUUCAUAUUGCGUUUGUGCAAUAAGAAUUGAAACAUUAAUUCGUCAGGUUUCACCCAUCUCAGGUAGCCGCCAUGUUGGGCAAUGUAACCCUCUGCUGUCGACUGAAGUUAACGUCACAAGUUAACGCAAAAUAUUGGAUGACAAAAUUUUAGCCCGUUUGGGUUCAAUCGAGCAUGUCAUCAACCCUUAUUUAUGCUUGUUAUCGCAACAUAAACGGGGAGUCCGUUUAGCUGUUUUCCUGGUCACAUGAUGUUACGCAUAUAGCUGUUACACGCGAGGGUAGUUGUGAAAUUAAUUUCGGUCGACAGCAGAAAGGGGCUACCUGAGGUGGAUGAAAAUUGAUGAAUUAAUCUGUCUUAAUUAUUGUUCCACAAAUGCAAUAUUAAUCAGAAUACUGUCAGUCUACUGGAGGAACAUACAAACUAUUCUUGCAAAAAUGCAUUUUGGCUUUUAGUUCCCCUUUAAGGAAAAACGUCAAAGGAAAAGGUUGGAAUAAGCUAUGUGUUAGCAUCUUGUACUUUUUUCAGUUUCUUUUGUUUACACAGAAACAGUUUAUUAAUCUUUUUGCUUCAUUUUUGGAGUCAGAGGGGCAUGGUGGAUGACUGGUGAGCACAUCCACCUCCCAGUUCUGAGGACUCAGGUACAAAUCCAGCCUCUCCUGUACAGAGUUUGCAUGUUCUCCCCGUGCCUGCGUGGGCUUUCUCCGGGCACUCUGGUUUCCUCCCAUAUCCCAAAAACAUGCGUGGUAGGUUAAUUGAAAACUCUAAAUUGCCCAUAGGUGUGAAUGUGAGUGUCAUUGGUUGUUUGUUUAUACAGUGGGUAUGGAAAGUUUUCAGACCCCCUUACAUUUUUCACUCUUUGUUAUAUUGCAGCCAUUUGUUAAAAUCAUUUAAGUUCAUUUGUUUCCUCAUUAAUGUACACACAGGACCCCGUAUUGAAAUAUAAGUGUUGAAAUCUUUGCUGAUUUAUUAAAAACGAAAAACUGAAAUAUCACACAGCCAUCACUAUUCAGACCCUUUGGUGUGACACUCUUAUAUUUAACUUGGGCGCUGUCCAUUUCCUCUGAUCAACCUUGAGAUGGUUCUACACCUUCAUUGGAGUCCAGCUGUGUUUGAUUAUACUGAUUGGACUUGAUUAGGAAAGCCACACACCUGUCUAUAUCAGACCUUACAGCUCACAGUGCAUGUCAGGGCAAAUGAGACUCAUGAGGUCAAAGGAACUGCCUGAAGAGCGCAGAGACAGAAUUGUGGAAAGGCACAAAUCUGUCCAAAGCUACAAAAAAAUAUAUAUGCUGCACUUAGGGUUCCUAAGAGCACAGUGGCCUCCAUAAUCCUUAAAUGGAAGCCAUUUGGGACGACCAGCACCUUUCCUAGAGCUGGCCGUGCGUCCAAACUGAGUAAUUGGGGUAGAAGGGCCUUGGUGAGAGAGGUAAAGAAGAACCCAAAGAUCACUGUGGCUGAGCUCCAGAGAAGCAGUCGGGAGAUGGGAGAAAGUUCUAGAAAGUCAACCAUCACCGCAGCCCUCUACAAGUCGGGGCUUUAUGGCAGUAAAAGACACAUGAAAGCCCGCAUGGAGUUUGCUUAAAAAAAAAAAAAAACAUCUGAAGGACUCAAAGUUGGUGAGAAAUAUGAUUCUCUGGUCUGAUGAUACCAAGAUAGAAACUGUUGGCCUUUGUUCUAAGUGGCAUGUGUGGAGAAAACCAGGCACUACUCAUCACCUGUCCAAUACAGUCCCAACAGUGAAGCAUGGUGGUAGCAGCAUCAUGCCGUGGGGGUGCUUUUCAGAUGCAGGGGCAGGACGGACUGGUUGCAAUCGAACAAAAGAUGAAUGUGGCCAAGUACCGAGAUAUUCUGGACGAAAACCUUCUCCAGAGUGCUCAGAACCUCAGACUGGGCCAAAGGUUCACCUUCCAACAAGUCAAUGACCCUAAGCACAGCUAAAAUACUGAAGGAGUGGAUUCAAAACAACUCUGUGACUGUUCUUGAAUGGCCCAGCCAGAGGCCUGACUUAAACCCAAUUGAGCAUCUCUGGAAAGACCUGAAAAUGUCUGUCCACCAACUUUCACCAUCCAACCUGACAGAACUGGAGAGGAUCUGCAAGGAGGAAUGGCAGAUGAUCCCCAAAUGCAGGUGUGAAAAACUGCAUCAUUCCCAAAAAGACUCAUGGCUGGAUUAGCUCAAAAGAGUGCUUCUAUUCAAUACUGAGCAAAAGGUCUGAAUACUUAAGGCUGUGAUAUUUCAGUUUUUCUUUUUUUUAAUAAAUCUGCAAAAAUUUCAACAAUUCUGUUUUCUUUCUCCUGUCAAUAUGGAGUGUCGUGUGAACAUUGAUGUGGGGAAAAAAAUGAAGUUAAACUGCUCAAGGUCUGUGUCUAAAUAGAAGCGAUAACUGCAGAAACAUCUUUAUCCCAUCAAAAUAACAAUCAAAAAUCAUUGCACUGUUUUUAAGUCCCUUUUUGUUUGUUUUUUUGUUUGUUUUUUUUUGGUUUUUUGCUAGUUUGUUCCUACAUUCCAUCAUCUUGGUCCCUGAUAACUACUUUCUUGUUUGUCUGCUGACUGACUGCAGUCGAAAGGUUGUGAUGUUUUCCUCUUUGUGGUGUCAAGACAGGGUGGUGUAAACAUUCAACCAUAAGUGUUAAUCACAUUGCUGGGCUUACAAACAACCUUGCCUCAAUUCUAGAGAGAGUUUCUUAACUUUCUUUAUAACUGCUGUUAACCAUAUUCUCUAGAUUUUUGUAAACUUCCAUGUCUCGUAGCAGGAUGUUUCAAGGUCAACUGUCUGCUUAGCCAUCCAUCCUUGAGAUUCUUCAUGAAUUAUUAUGUUUAAAAAUGACAACUCUUUGCUGAAAAACAAAAAUCCUCCCGUCUGGAGAUGUAUAAAUGUCCCCUAAAGAUAUUCAGUUGUUUUUGUCCUAUGUUGCCAUCAUAAUGUGCCUUUUACAUAUAUGUAUUUUUUACAGCUAAUUGAGAAGAAUGAAUUUACCGAAUGAAAUGCUUGAUCAUUGGCCCGAUUGACGCCAAAUAAGUUAGGCCAUGCGUUCUCUUUAAAAAGAGAAUUUAAUCUUCGAUAAGGCAUAAGUACCAUAUUGAAGGGGAAAUGAGAGCAUCACAUGGUCCAUGUUAGACUGUCUUACUCUUGUCAACAUUGGUACAUUGUAACCACUGCUAUUCUCCUGAACUACUAGCAUAAUUUUGCAGAUGUAGUUUUGCUUCAGCAUCAACCAUCCUCCUCUAAAAUGCAUCCAGAAUUGCAAUUUACAGCAAAGUCUCUCUUCACAUACGCAAACUCAUGAUGCUUGUGCUUCCAAAAUGUUGAUAAGGUUGCUCAAAAUAUAUAUAUAAAUGAGGUUGUGUGAAGUGUCAACAUUGUUUGUACGAGGUUUCCAGACUACAUUAAGGAAGUGUUUGUACAGAGCUAAUCCCAGACACAUUUAGGAUAGGCUGUGAGCUAAAAUAAGCUAAGAUCAUUGCAAAACAAUACAGUUAAAUCAUGGCCACGGGACAACACAUAUCGCUUAACUGUAGUGCACAAUUUGGGGGAGAAAAAGUCAUUCAAGCAGUUGAAUGGGGUUAUCUGUUGUUCAGCCUAAAGCAAUGUCUGCUGUCAAAAGGUGGCAUAGAAUUACUUUAUAAUUAAGAUUACCAGGUUUUUUUUCCCCCCCAGCUCCAGCAUAUUUUUGUUUGCAUGUAUUUAUUUGCGUUUGAUUUGUUGUGUUAUAGAACAAUUUUUUUUCCCGCAGUUUAAAACAACAAUUGAUUCUUGGUGUGUCACAGCAUGUCUUCCUGUAUGGUCAAAUAAAUGGCAAAAUGUGA